CAUUAAGAGUGUGGUCGCAGAGGCUAAGGGGCUAAAACCCUAAACCCUGUGGCGGUGACGACUGAGCCAUGGGUUACUUCGACCUCAACAUACCCUAUCCCCAACCCACCGACCAAAGCAACCGCACCAGACUCGCCGUGAAGGCCAUGGAGUUAGGUUACACCGGAAUCGCUUACAACCGCACGAUCAAGGGCGUCAUGUCCGAUCAGCACCGUUGCUCCAUCGCCCCCCUAACACUCACCACUCUCCUCAACGUUCUUCCCUCUCUCUCCCUCUCCGCCAACCUCCACCGCCACCUCCUCGGAGUCCCACUCUCCACCCCCUUCCGUCAGUACACGCGCCUCACCGUCUGCGUCGAUUCCCCUGCCCAGGCCCAGGCCCUCAAUUCCGCCAACCCUAUUCUCAAGACCUACGAUUUGGUCGCUGUCAAACCCUCCAAUCAGACCGCGUUUGAUCUCGCCUGCCAGACAAUGGAGGUGGAUAUUAUUUCCAUUGAUUUCUCGGCUAAGUUGCCUUUUAGAUUGAAGCACCCUAUGGUUAAAGCUGCUACUCAGCGUGGGGUUUGUUUUGAAGUCACGUAUUCUGGCUUUUUUGCUGAUAUUCAAAUUAGGAGACAGUUGAUUUCCAGUGCCAAGUUGUUGAUGGAUUGGACUCGGGGGCAAAACAUUGUAUUUUCAAGUGCUGCUCCUACAGUGAAUGAGCUCAGAGGGCCUUGCGAUGUUGCAAACUUGUUGUCAUUGUUUGGGCUCUCCAAGGAGCGAGCUAAUGCAGCUAUCUCUAAAAACUGUAGGAUCCUUUUAGCUAAUUCUUUAAGGAAAAAACGAUUUUAUAAAGAGGCAAUAAGAGUAGAAGUUUUAUCAUCAGAUGCAGCAUCUAAUUCUAAAGAAGAUCAGUAUCAAGAGCUACUGAAGUGGGAUCCCAUCUCCAGUGGUGAAGGUGAUAUCCUGCUGGAUGACGUGCAAAAAUCUUGUGUAGACUCCCAUAAAGCAUCAAAAACUGCAAAAGCCAUUGACUUUACUUCAUUGGUCAACAGCCUUCCAUCUCAUGGUUUUGAAAUCAAGAAUAUCUUACCUGCAAACAAUGCUUUGCCUGUGUGUCCAGAUAACGAGAUAAAUUUCUCACCUGUUGCCGAAAAAACAAAUCAGUCAACACCUGUUUCUAACAACUUAACUGAGCAGUUAAGCAUACUUGAUGUUUUUCCUAAGCAAGAUGAAAAGUCCUUAUCAGAUGCUAUUACAAGAAGUCACAUUUUUAGCUGUGACAAGAUUUUUGAGAAAAAUAUACGUAGUGGAACUACUGAAGCUGUCAAUUUAAAGGAGAUAAACAUUCCAACAGCUAUUGACUCUGUUUCAGUGGUGGAGAGCCUUCCAUCCCAUGGUAAUCAAAUCAAGAAUUUCUUACCUGCAAACAGUGCUUUACCUGUUUUCUCCAGUAAUAAGCCCGAUAGUCUUGAAGUUUGUGCUGAGCAAGAUGAAAGCUCUCAAUCACCGAAACAAAGUGAUGAUUUAUUGGAGAAAACUAUACAUAGUGGAACUACCGAAACCUUCAAUUCUAUGGAGAUGGACAUUUCGACAAAUGCCCGAGAGUCGGAAAAAAGUUUUAUUGAUUCAGAUGUAGAUUUAAUCCCGUUUGAAGCAAAAGAACUUGAUGCACAAUCAAAUGUUUGCAUCUCAAGCAAUACAUUGGAUACUAGAAAACCACCUGAAAACGAGAAACUCUGUGGAUCUUCGGACGAUGCCAAACUAGAUGUUGCACAUGUAGAAAUCUUGGAUAUUACUUUUCCUGCCCCGGUUCAUGAUAAACAUAAUGAGAAAAGUUCUAAUGUUAAUUUAAAUGAACAUAUUGGCAAUAUCCAUAAUGCUUUGCCAAAUGAGGACUUAAAAAUUGCAGAGCAAACAGUCAACACACGUAUUUCUGAUACCUCAAUGGAGGAUAAACAAUUUGACAAACAGGAAACUGAUGCAGUUGAAACUGAUGAGAUGCAACAGCCAACAUCGUAUGAGAUGAAAGUGGAAGAUGAUUCCACAGAUGCAACACAUUUAUUUUCAGAAGUUAUAAUGAAAGAUAAAAAGCUUGGUGAAGUGAGCACCGAUUCUGAUCAUUUUGCUUCAGUUCGUUCGGUAUCAGGUGGAUUGAGAAUGAAGCGAAGGACACGUCGGGGACUACCUUUAUUCCCCUUCAAACGAUUGUUAAAUACAAUGCCCUUUAAGAAAAAAGGUAAAAAAAGCAAGAGCAGAACUAAGCUAAAGUAAUUUAUUUUUCCGGAUUAUUAUUGUUACUUGGCUUAUUAUAUGUGAGCUAAUUCUUUAUUAUUAUCAA